AUGCCAAUGAUCAGCAGCACCACAGCAGCCACAGCAAUGCCGGCAAUGGCUCCCACAGACAGACCGCCUCCAGACUGGGGCGGAGGCGCUUCGAGUGAGUUGGGGGUAGCUGAGGAGGAGGAGGAGGAGGAGGAGGAGGAGGAGGAGGAGGAGGAGGAGGAGGAGGAGGAGGAGGAGGAGGAGGAGGAGGACGGGGCCGCUAUAGGGAGUGAUGUGGAGGAGUUUGGGGCUGUUAUAAAAAAGCCUCCGAAGGAAGAGGGGGGUAUUGUGGUGGGUGCUGCGGAGGAGGAGGAAGGGGCGGUUGUGGGGGAUGCUGGAGGUGUGGAUUGGGGGGCUGUAGUCGAGCAGGGGAUUGCGCUGGCGACAGGAAGGGCAGGGAGUGGAAGAGAAGAGGGAACUGUGGGGUGUGCAAGAGAGGAGGGAAGGGCAGGGAGUGGAAGAGCAGUGGGAAGGGCGCAGAAGAGGCCGGAGGGUUUAGGGCUUAUGUCACAUACUGGAGGAGGGGAGGUCGUGGAGGGAGGGCCGGCAGGAAGUGGAAAAGAGGCGAAACGGCAUCCCAAAAUUGUGAUGGGCAUGUUGACGAGUGGGGACAUGUCCAGCCACAUCUCUUACAACAUUCCCUCGCUGUCACCCGCCGCAUUUCAUCUCCACAAUCCCUCCCUCUCACCCUCUCUCACCACUUCACUCCCUCACCACAUCAUCCCUCCCUUCACCCAUCCCUCUCACAAUUCUCUCUCACCAUAUUCCUUCUCUUGCCACAUUCCCGUUGUUUGCUACCUAAAACUCUCCCCUCUUUCUGGUUAG